AAAAAAACUCUUUUAGGUUGGUACUGCGUCUAGACAAACGUGUCAAAGGAAAUUUUUAGCGCCUAUUUUGCCCAAAUUUUCUCUUUUUCCUUAAAAUAAUGGCUUCGAACGAAACUAGCGGUGUAACUACGGGGCAGCCCAAUUUACAUAAGCAGGACUUAUCGAAAUUGGAUGUAACCAAAUUGACUCCACUAUCUCCAGAAGUAAUUAGCAGACAAGCCACCAUCAAUAUAGGUACAAUUGGGCAUGUAGCUCAUGGAAAAUCCACUGUAGUGAAAGCUAUAUCUGGUGUGCAAACUGUACGUUUCAAGAAUGAAUUAGAAAGAAACAUUACCAUCAAAUUAGGUUACGCCAACGCGAAAAUCUACAAAUGCGACAAUCCCAAGUGUCCCAGACCCGCCUGCUACAUUUCCGGCUCUUCUUCGAAAGACGACAGUUUCCCCUGUCUACGUCCAGCAUGUUCCGGACGUUUCCAAUUGGUCCGCCACGUCAGUUUUGUAGACUGUCCCGGUCACGACAUCCUUAUGGCCACCAUGUUGAACGGUGCCGCCGUCAUGGACGCAGCACUACUUUUAAUUGCAGGUAACGAAUCCUGUCCCCAGCCUCAAACCAGUGAACAUUUGGCCGCAAUAGAAAUCAUGAAACUCAAACACAUAAUCAUUUUGCAAAACAAAAUCGAUUUGGUGAAAGAGGGCCAGGCUAAAGAGCAGCACGAACAAAUCGUCAAGUUUGUUCAAGGUACUGUUGCAGAGGGCGCACCCAUCAUCCCAAUCUCUGCCCAAUUGAAGUACAAUAUUGAAGUUUUAUGCGAAUACAUCACCAAAAAAAUUCCCAUACCACAACGUGAUUUUACUUCUUUGCCACGCUUAAUAGUCAUCAGGUCUUUUGAUGUUAACAAACCUGGCUGUGAAGUCCAUGAUUUAAAAGGCGGAGUUGCUGGUGGUAGUAUUUUAAGAGGGGUUUUGAAAGUUGGCCAAGAAAUUGAAGUCAGACCCGGAUUGGUUAGUAAAGAUUCUGAAGGCAAGUUAACUUGCAGGCCAAUUUUUUCGAGAAUCGUUUCUUUGUAUACUGAGCAAAAUGAGCUACAAUUUGCAGUGCCAGGUGGUCUUAUUGGUGUUGGUACCAAAAUAGAGCCAACUCUUUGUAGAGCUGAUCGUUUGGUGGGACAAGUUUUGGGUGCUGUUGGGGCUCUACCUAAUAUCUUUAUUGAACUUGAAGUAAGCUACUAUCUUUUGAAACGUCUAUUAGGUGUCCGUACUGAAGGCGAUAAAAAAGGGGCUAAAGUAGCCCGUUUAACCAAGGCAGAAGUCUUAUUGGUCAAUAUCGGUUCGUUGAGUACAGGUGGACGUGUUGUGGCUACCAAAGCCGAUUUGUGUAAAAUCGCAUUGACCAAUCCGGUUUGCACUGAGAUUGGUGAAAAAAUCGCAUUGAGCAGAAGAGUGGAGAAGCAUUGGCGUCUUAUCGGAUGGGGACAAAUUAGAGGUGGAGAGACGAUCGAACCUUCAGUUACCAACUAACUCUACCAGGCAAAUUUUCGAUAACCUAUUUGAUUUUCAUUUUUUAGUCUAUAUUUAUUGCAUCGAACUUUUUAUUUCGCCAACGAGGACGUUAGAGUUAUGUUCUUGGUUUUUGACUUUUUACCGUUGUUUAGAUUUUUUGCAAAUAGGUUGUUUAAUAUAUUUGACUUAAUGGCAUGGCAAAUUGUAGUUUGCUAUAUGAACCUUCUAAUUUUUUGGCUUUCACUAAUCCAAGUCUUUUUUGCCUUAUUUCCAUAGAUGAUGAGUAUAUGGGGGAUGUCAAAGUUUACUUGGUAAAAUUAAAACAAAUAGAACCAAUGAAAUGGAACUUGCUCUGCAAUUGUUAAUUUAUUGCUUUAUUCAAGUAUUAUUGUGCUCAUAUUUCCACACACACACACACACACAAUAAUUUUUUUAAAUUAAUUUAUUUUUUUACUUACGUCGCACCUAAAUAACAAAUUUUUAUUUAUUUAUUAUUGCAUUAGCUAAAUUAAUUUAAAUUAAAUAAAUUGUUUAUUAUUUUGCCUAUAUUAUCAAGUAACUGUAUAAAUGCCCAAGCAUAAAUUUAAGUACUUGAUGAAGUAGACUGCCCUAUCUAUAAUACAUAAAUUAUAAAAUCUCUUUUUGGUUUAAACUAAUUAACAUCAUUAUAAAGGGGACAAACGCAAACGUUAUAUCUUUAAAAUCACAGAGGACAAAAUGAUGAUUUUAGUAUCCACAUCUAUAGUAUUUAAAAUUUUACUUUGCAAAAUAGGCUUUAAUUAUCAUACAUAUUGGAUGUCAAAUUUGCUUAUUUUAUUUUUCAUUAGUUACUAAUUCAAUUACAUAACAAUGUAUUCACAUUUGGCGAUAAUAAUUUUACCUAAAGCACUAAUAAUAUAUAGUCUAUUAUAGAUUUUACUUUUGAGUAAAAAAACUGUCCACAGCAUGUUAUUGAUAAAACCGUAUAAAAGGAACUUAUAAGAUUUUCCAUGAGUGAAUUAUUCUCACUAAUAUUAAAGCGUCGUGGUCGUUUCACAAUCCAAAAGACAAUCAACAGUCCGCACGCGUACUCCAGCUUUUUCUACGUGCUUCAAAGUUUCCUGAUCACUUUCCAGCAUAAUGAUGCACAUAAAACUUUUUCGAGUAGUCGCAUUGCGCGGAUAAAUAGUUUGAGCUUCAAAUUUCACAGUGAGAUCUUCGCAGUAAGCGUCCAUGAGCCCGUAAAUUUCAGGAUACUGUCUUUUGAGCGACACCCCGCGAUUUCGCAAUUGAGCUUGUACGUUGUUGAAUGCUAUCAGUCUUGCUCGCAUGCUAGUCUCGGGAGUGGGCAAUCUAAUAGGUGGACAAGUGAGAAUCAGCGUUUCAGGUGUCUCUGUUUCUCUUUCUGGACCUGAAACUUAAACACUUGAAAAUUGGACUCAACUAUUGCGCUACACUUACCAAUAAAAUUAAGAUCUUUACUCAAUCGUAAUUUGGCACAUCUUGAAACUAAUUGUCUCUCCCACUUGACCGCUCCCGAAGCUGGAGUUUCAGAAACGACGCACAACGAUAUGUAGAGCACGAAUUUCGUUUCAGAAUUGUAGUUCUGGCACAUUUCAACGAGCUCUUUGUAAAGUUGCGGGCCCAUUUCGGUGGGCAAGAGGUCCUGCCAGCGUACGUAGGUCAACUCGCCCAAACUUUGUUGGCCUUCGGCUAGGAACUUUUCCGCCGCUUCCGGAUUCGGGUAGAAACAUUUCACUGCACCGAGACCGUGAGAAAUGU